CAUGUCUAAGAGUCUAGUUAGGUAAUGUGAAUGAAUUAGGAAAUAACUGAGACAAUUUUACAUAUUUUUCCUAGAGUUUCUCAACGAAUAUUAUUGUUCUAACCGCCAUCCUGUUUAUCAUGAUUCAUGUUAACAAAUCAGUUGCUCGUAUGGAACAUGGCAGUUCAAAUCUAAGGAAAUUCCUGAAGUAAGUACAAACCAUUAUCAUGCAUGCCCGUAAAGUCAGGCGCAGUACAAGGUGCAUGGUAUUAGAGAGUUUUCGAUUUAGCUACGCCAUGUAGAACUUGCUUGCUUGCUUGCUUGCUUGCCUGCUUGCUUGCUUGCUUGCUCCCUGGUAGCUAGAGGAUCAUAAACAUUCACAAAGUUCGUACACUUCAUCCAGUUUCAUUUGUUUUAUAUUAACUUUAUUACCAAAUCAUGUGUAAAAAGUAAAUUCUCAUAUUUCAGUUACGAUGAGGAGAGAAUUUCUUGGUUGAGACAAAAGCGAACUCAUGCAUACAGAAAUCCCUGUAAAAAAGAAGAAAACGUUGUAUAUACAAGUAGUUUGGACAAGACCAACAGUUGCCAAAAUUGUACGUACUUUCCAUCAACACUCAAAGAAGUCAAGUGUAGCACGGGACAUGGUUUAAAUGUGAGGGGCAAAACAAGUUGUAAUUAUAAUAUUGAUGGUGAUUGUAUUAACAUCGUAGCAACUAUAAAAGUAAUCAAAGCAUAUUCAAAGAAUCAGCAAGUAGAACGUGAUGUCCAUCUCAAGGUUGGAUGUGCGUGCAUGUUGCCGCCGGUUUAAGUUUUAUGAAGCUUCAUCAUCUUUGUUCUUUUCCUAAAUGUAUUGGGAACUCUUAGCUAAAUAUCCGUCUAAGCACGGUUGUUAAAUUGUAGUUAGGGCAUUUUAACUGGUAAAGAUUAAUUGAAAAAAGCAUUUUAACUGGUAAAGAUUUUACUGGUAAAGAUUAAUAGAUCUCAGUUUCGCAUGCAAAUUUUGUCAGUAUAAUUUAUUGCUUGAAUAUGUUACUGAACUACAGGGUGUAUCAAAAAAAGCGCAACCUCGGAAUUUCCUAAGAAAUCACUUUGCAAUUCUUAAGCAUAAAAGAUUUUGCUUUAUGCACUCGCGUGUGCAGUAAUUUUGACAGUUAUGCUAUUUUAAAUUCCCAGGCGCCUAAAAUCUUUUGUCUUUAAAACAAUGUCGAUGUCUUGGGAAAUUCCGAGGUUGCGCUUUUUUUGAUACACCCUGUAUACUCUAUAUAAUGAGAUGUGGAACACCUAAUUGGACUGACUGUACGAAGGCUGGAAGUCAAUUGUAAAAGGCUUAACUUUUUAAAUGUAAGGAGCAAAACAAGUUGUGAAUAUAAUAUUUCAGAUGCAUGAUUGGUUGGACAUCGUCGCAACAAUAAUACACGCGUAAAAAUUGAUCAGGUUCGGCGUUGUUCAAACAGGAGCGAACAAUGUUGUGCUGCACCCCAUGAACAAUAUUGUUAACAAGUUGUUCAACCA